UCACUCAAACAUUUUAAACAUUUAAUACGUGACCUUAAAACUGACCUUAACUGUAGCACCUACGUAACGUCGAGAUAAGAUAAACUUUAUUGUUUAAACUAAAAGGAGAAAAAAAGGAACUACAGUUGGGAUUUAAGCUUAAACUAUGGAAAAAGGAUCACCAUACCCACAACAGCAGCCACCACCCCAACAGUACAAUCAACCCCCACCAGCCUAUGCACCGUCUGGCCAGCAGUCGCAAGCAACAGUCGUGGUUACACAGCAGCCAAAUGUUUUGCUCCGGCAGACAUUCCGUGAGGUACCAGUGCGUGUGAAUUGCCCAUCAUGUAACGCUGAUAUCAUGACCGCAACGCAAUUCGAAAUUGGAAUGCUGACCUGGUUAGCGGCUGGUAUGAUAUGCCUGUUCGGGUUAUGGCUCGGAUGUUGCUUGAUUCCAUUCUGUAUUGACGCCUGUAAAGAUGUUGUCCACACUUGUCCAAACUGUAACCACAUGGUUGGAAAAUACAGCAGACUAUCAUAAAACGCACGAUCAAACAAUGGUGUGGGAGGCUCAAUACCUCGUCUUUACAUAUCACAUAUACAACUUUAUGUAAAUAUUUAUUUUGUAGACCACUUAAAAUUUAUAUUGACCAAAUAUAUGUAAAAGAAAAUUGUAAGAAAGGCUUUCAUAACACAUGGUCUUCCAUGGAUUUUUUUAUACGUUGUUUUAUAUAUUAUAAACACAAUACAGAGUUUAUGUAUACUGUACUUUAUGUUAUGCGUUAUUCUCAGUAUUCUUUUAUGAUGAUUUUUAUUCCACGUUCCUUCUCUCCCAUUAGUUUAGAAUGGUUGAUUUGUACGUAUUUGCAUCAACCCCGACGAAAAGACCAUUUUGUGAUAAAUUUGAAAGCAUUUUCAGUACUUCUGCAAAGAAAUAUUUUAUUUUCCCGUAAAAUUUUUAUUGAACGUUUCUCCUCAUGUUCUUGCAAAUUAUUGCAUUCAUCUCAUUAUAUAUUUUUCAUUUCAUUUCUCAAAUGAUUUCGAUACAAUUACGCAAUAGAAUCAUUCAUCUAAAAUGUAUGUACUAUGCUGUUUUUGUUCACAACUUCUACGUUUUAAAUUUAUUUUCACUUUUGUACACAAUUUAUUCCUGCAUUUGGUGUUGCAGAUUGUUCAUUUUCAACGUGUCUUGGGAAAAAUCAUUAAUCUUCAGCUCUUACCAGGCCAGGAUAUUAAUUUUCAAAGUCCCACCCCCUUCGGAAAAUCAAAUGGUCGUCACUUAAGUGCCUUACUUUUUUCAAACUUGAACUAGAUAUCUAUUUUUUUUUUUUACAAAUUUGUACGUUCAGAUUUAUUGUAAUUAAUUGAUUCAAGUGUUCAAAUCAUUGUUUUAAUAAAUCAUCUUAAUCGUU